AUGUCGACCCAGGACACUCAGGACUUUAUUCCAAUAAUUCAAGAUGAAUCAACUGCUGACGACAAUAUCGCUUCUCCAACACGUGGAAAAACCAAUCUUUUUGUUCGCAAGAUUCCACAUGAUGCUACCGAUUUAGAAUUCGAAACCUUUUUUUCUGUAAUAGGGCCAAUACGUUCAUGUUUCCUCGUGAAGGGGGCUAGAGAUUCCAAUUCAAGCAUUACACCUUCAGAUCCCGAAGAAUCUAAUUCCACCCCUCGAAAUGGGGAAAAGUUAGAAAAGGACAUGAAAAACCGCGGCUAUGGGUUUGUCAAAUACGUGAUAAGUCAAGACGCGGAGCGCGCAUUGCAAGAGUUAAAGACGGUCAAAUUCAGAGGCACUCAUACUUUAGAAAUAGAAUUCGCUUUAAAAAAACACGAAAAACCUUCAAUCGUUGAAACAAAUAAGAAGAAAAUGGGUCAUUCGAACGCGGAAAAAAAAAGAAAAUUAGGAAAUAAGUAUUCGAACAAGGUCGAAAACACGAGUAGAACAAUCUUGAUCCAAGGAUUACCAAAGGAUUUGACCAGAAAGAAGUUAUAUAAAAAAGUCCGGAAGUUCGGUGACGUCGAGGAUAUAAUAUUUCCCUGCGAAGGGCAUGAAAUUGCCCAUAUAAUCUUCAAGACGACCAAGGAUUCCGUGAACGCAUUGAAUCAUUUGGAUGAACACGUAUUUCACGGAUCCAAGAUGAGUGCGAAAUUAUUGAAUACAGAGGUAAAAGACAAGUCCAAUUCAUUUGAUAAAAAAUCAAGAAUAAUCAUUCGCAAUGUCCCCUGGGAGUAUCGUGAGCAAGAUUUGUUAAAAAUUUUCUCGGCACAUGGAGAAGUAGUCGAGGUAAACUUGCCGCGUAAAUAUAAGGGAGGUCCGUUACGAGGAUUUGCAUACGUACAAUAUAAAAACAUAGAAGAUGCCGAAAAAGCAAUUAACGAGUUAAAUGAAACCGAGCACCAUGGUCGUAUUAUAGCUGUUGAUUGGUCAUUAUCGAAAGAUAAAUAUUUAGAGGCUGUGAGAGCGUUUCAGGCAAAGUUAAUUGGUGACCAAGGCAGUGAGCCAGACGCCUUGAAAGAAGAGUACAUUGAUGAGGAGGAAGUCGGGAGUGAGAAUGGUCAAGACUUUGGUAAAGAGGAAACAAGAAGUGAAAAUGAUGAUAACGUUGAAGAGGAUGGUGUCUCGGAAGAUGAUGGUUCCGAUGAUGAUGAAAAUGUGGGAGAAGUCACGGAAGAUGAUGGUUCCGAUGGUGAUGAAGUCACGGAGGAGGAUGAUGAAGUUACGACCCAGUCAGAGAGUGACGACAACUCUGAGGAUGAAGAAGUAGUCGGCACCGGGAAAAGAAACAUUCAUCCCCCCUCGGAGGGUACAGUCUUAUUUAUUCGUAAUCUUGCUUUUGAAGCUACAGAAGAGGAGCUUGGUGCCAUGUUAAUUUCUUCCGUUUGGACCAUUGCGGAACACGCCGAUGCAUGCUUGUCGGAAGCGAAAAAAGUACAUCAUCUCGCCGCCGAUUCAACUGAACUAUCGUCAAAAAGAGAGAACCGAAAGGAAUUGAUGUAUAAAUCAAUCCUUACGGCCGAUCCAUCGGACUCACAGGCACUUAAAUUCACAUUACAUGGCAGGGUUUUAUCCGUAAACUUGUUGGCAAAAAAUCCAAAUCUUUACAUAUCAAAAACUAGGUUGUCCAUACGAAAUAUGCCACUGACAGUAGAUGAAUCGAAAUUAAAAAGCUUGGGUAAAGAAUCUGUUAAGAAUUUCAAAGAGGAGGUCCGAAAGGGAGAAAGGGACGACCUAACGAAAAGUGAGAAAAUGUGGGGAUGGGAUAAACUGGUUUGCAUUAAACAGGCGAAAAUAGUCCGAUCCAAGGAUAAAAUUGAUUCUUCUAUACAAAAGCUUCGUUCAAAAGGAUACGGAUUUCUGGAGUAUACGGAGCAUGCACACGCGUUAGCAGCAUUGAGAUUUCUUAAUAACAACCCCAAGAUAUUUGGUGAGAAGAGAAGAUUAAUCGUAGAAUUUGCGAUUGAAAAUACGAUAAUAGUCAAAAAAAGAAUGGAAAGGAUACGAGGUGGCGUCAGUGGUAAAAGCAAUGGUCGUGAUGUCGGCAAUAAAAGCAUUGGUGACAGUAAAAAGCCGAGAGUUACAUUGCUCAAUAAUAAUGGAGGUUUGAAGAGAAAGGGAGAAAUAAUUAAUGAUGCUCAUUCCAUGAAAAAGAAGAAAGUUAAAGCUUUUCAUCGUAAAUCGCCAAGUGUGAAUAAACGGAACCAAUAA